AUGCAGUACGCACUCAUCGCCGCUGCCCUCGCCCUUGGCGCCACCGCCGCUCCCGGCCCUAUGAUCACCUCUGCCCCUAAGGCUCUAAAGGCUCGUGAUUCGCUCCCCGCUUCCUCAGGUACCUCGAAGCUCUCCGCCCCAAAGACAAUUGCGGCUGGCGAGUCAUUCGACGGUAAAAUGUACCAGAUUGACCGUGGCGUCUCUUGUACUGGACAGGACGAGGGCGGCGACUCUGAUGCUGUUUUUAUCCUUGAGGAGGGCGCCUCCCUGAGCAACGUUAUCAUUGGCCCGAACCAGAUUGAGGGUGUCCACUGCCAAGGUGGCUGCACUCUCAGCAACGUCUGGUGGUCUGCCGUUUGCGAGGACGCCUUCACUGUUAAGUUGCAGGAUGCUGGUGACACCACCUACAUCAAGGGCGGCGGUGCUUUCGGUGCCGAUGAUAAGGUGAUCCAGCAUAACGGUGCUGGUACUAUCUCAAUCUCAGAUUUCACCGUUGACGACUUCGGCAAGCUGUACCGCAGCUGUGGUAACUGCGACGACAUGUACGAGCGCCACGUCAUCAUCAGCGGUCUCACCGCCUCCGGUGGUUCCACCCUCGCUGGUAUCAACUACAACUACGGUGACUCUGCUACCUUCUCCGACGUUACUGUUUCGGAUGUCGAUAACAUCUGUGUCACCUACAAGGGCAACGACAACGGUGACGAGCCUACCAAGUACUCCAGUGGUGCCGACGGUACUUACUGUAUCUACGAUGACAGCGAUAUUACCGAGUCAUAG